ACAACUGCAGUGUGUUGAACGUCAGUGUCAAAGUCUAGCCAGCGGAAAACACAAUAUUUUUUAGUAAACAGUGUGUGUUUUCGUAAUAAAAUAGCUAUUAUUCGAAAAGAAGAGAAAAUUGUUCGCAAGAAAUGAACAAUCAAAUAAUAUUGGCGACAGGAGGAUACGACCAUACUAUAAAGCUAUGGAGAGCUGAAACAAAAGAUUGUAUCAAAAGUAUGCAGCACGCAGAUUCGCAAGUGAAUGCAUUAGAAGUAACACCGGACAAAUCGUUGAUUAUAGCCGGAGGAUAUCAACACAUUCGUUUGUAUGAUAUGGUUUCAAGCACACCAAUAAUGAAUUUGGAGGGAGUCACCAAAAAUAUAACCCGUGUAGGAGUGCAAGAAGAUGGCCGUUGGAUGUAUACUGGUGGUGAAGAUUGCCGCGUUCGCAUCUGGGAUAUGAAGACGCAGAUUUGUAAGCGUGCCUUUGACUGUCAAACACCGAUUAAUGCGGUUGCACUGCACCCAAACCAAGUAGAAAUGGCGAUUGGUUCACAAGGCGGUCGUGUUUAUUUAUGGGAUGUAAAAUCGGAUGCACAUGAACAGUGCGUGCCCGAGGUGGAAGCCAGUGUACAGGAUGUAGCCAUAAGUAAUGACGGAAAUUUUAUGGCUGCAGUGAAUAACAAAGGAAACUGCUACAUUUGGAACUUGAGCUCAAGCAGCGACACAAGCUUGAGCACAUUACAGCCGAAGCAAAAAAUAGAGGCCCACAAGAGAUAUGCCCUGCGGUGCAAAUUUAGUCCCGAUUCUAGUUAUCUUGUCACAUGCGCCGGUGAUUCCACAGCUAAACUGUGGAAAACACCUGAUUUUACCCUGUAUCGUACAUUUGACAUUGAAUGCGACGCUUGGGUUUGGGAUGCUACAUUCAGUGCUGAUUCCAGAAGGUUGUUUACAGCCUCAUCCGACGCUAAGGCUCGCUUGUGGAACAUUGAAACGGGCGAAGUUGAACUCGAAUACAUCGGUCAUCAAAAACCAAUCACUUCAUUAGCUUAUAGGGAAUAAUUUAAUGACAAUGUAAACACUAAUAAUUUGUAUGUGCAUUUAUUUGAUAACAAAGAAUAUUCAAGAAAUUUGUUCAGUACAAAAAAUACAUGUUUCAAAUCCAUUUCAAUAA